UGGAGUUACUGCAUCUCUGUCGGCAUUGUCACAAAUGAGCACUGUGACGAUUAGAGCCAACAUGGCGGAGAGCGAGAGCUUGGAGACUAUCACCGAACAUGAGCGAAUAUUACAGGAGAUCGAGAGCACGGACACGGCGUGCGUGGGGCCGACGCUACGAUCCGUUUACGAUGAUCAGCCCAAUGCACACAAAAGGUUUAUGGAGAAACUUGACGCCAGAAUACGCAACCAUGACAGAGAGAUUGAGAAAAUGUGCAACUUCCAUCAUCAGGGAUUCGUGGACGCCAUCACAGAACUGCUGAAGGUCCGAGCAGAUGCUGAGAAGCUGAUGGGCCAAGUGAGCGACACCAAUCGAAGACUUCAAGACGCCGGACGGGAGGUGACGGCCCAAACGGAGGAGGUCAUCCGCUGCCGAAUUCAACAGAGGAACAUGGCUACCACGGUGGAGAAGUUGCAGCUCUGCAUUCCCGUCCUGGAAAUGUACAGCAAAUUAAAGGAGCAGCUUGAAUCGAAAAGAUACUACUCUGCAUUGAAAACCAUGGAGCAGCUACAAAACAUUUAUAUUCCCAGAGUGAGCCAGUACAGGUUCUGCCAAAUCAUGGCUGAGACGCUUCCUAAACUCCGAGAGGAGAUUAAGGAGAUCUCCAUGUCUGACCUAAAAGACUUCUUGGAGAGUAUCCGAAAGCACUCGGAUAAAAUUGGUGAAACUGCAAUGAGACAGGCUCAGCAGCACCGUACGUUUAACAGUGCAGUGCAGAAGCAGGUGACUCUGAGCUGUGCCAAACCUCUGUAUGGUCUGAAUGGCCGAACACCCCUCCAUCACAACGGCCUGAGCACAGAGGCAGCGGACGAAGAGGAGAUCGAUGAGGAGGUCUUGACGGUGCAGGAUCUGGUGGAUUUUUCGCCAGUCUACCGAUGUCUUCACAUCUACACUGUUUUGUCCUACUGCAGUGAUCCCGACCUGGUCCUAGAACUGAAGAACCUGAUAGUUAUAUUUGCAGACACUUUACAGGGUUAUGGCUUCCCUGUCAACAGACUUUUUGAACUUUUGUUUGAGGUUAGAGAUCAGUACAACGAAACAUUGCUCAAAAAAUGGGCCCUGGUGUUCAGGGAUAUUUUUGAACAGGACAACUACAGCCCCAUUCCAGUGGAAAAUGAAGAGGAGUAUAAGGCCGUGAUCAGUCGCUUCCCCUUCCAUGAUGCAGAGAUAGAAAAGCAACAAUUUCCAAAGAAGCUGCCCAUGUCCCAGUCAGUGCCUCAAAUCUACUCUCAAGUGAAGGAGUUUAUUUACGCCAGCUUGAAGUUCUCCGAGUCACUCCAUCGCAGCUCAACUGAGAUUGACGACAUGCUCCGUAAAUCCACCAACCUGCUGCUGACGAGGACGUUGAGCAGCUGCUUACAAAAUCUAAUCAAAAAGCCACACAUAGGAUUAACUGAGCUAGUUCAAAUUAUCAUCAACACCACCCAUUUAGAGCACGCAUGUAAAUACCUGGAGGAUUUUAUCACGAACAUCACCAAUGUUUCCCCGGAAACGGUUCAUACCACAAGACUCUACGGGCUUUCCACCUUCAAGGAUGCUAGACAUGCAGCUGAAGGAGAAAUAUACACCAAACUCAACCAGAAGAUUGAUGAAUUCAUUCAGCUGGCUGAUUAUGAAUGGGGCAUGGCAGAGUCGGACGGCAGGGCCAGCGGCUACCUCAUGGACCUCAUUAACUUCCUGCGUAGCACCUUCCAGGUCUUCACACACCUUCCAAAUAACAACAAUGAUCAUGCUGCGAUGUCGGGUAAGGUGGCACAGACGGCGUGUAUGUCUGCCUGUAAACACCUGGCCACGUCACUGAUGCAGAUGCUGCUGGAUACUGAGCUCAAACAGAUCAGCAUGGGAGCCAUUCAGCAGUUCAACCUGGAUGUCAUACAGUGUGAACUGUUUGCCAGUUCAGAGCCCGUGCCAGGAUUCCAGGGGGACACACUGCAGUUGGCCUUCAUUGACCUCCGACAGCUUCUAGAUCUGUUCAUGGUGUGGGAUUGGUCCACGUACCUGGCAGACUACGGACAGCCCACCUCAAAGUACCUGCGGGUGAACCCCUCCACUGCGCUAGCACUUUUGGAAAAAGUCAACAGAGGAAUGAAAGACACAAGUAAAAAGAACAUCAUCUUCUCCCAGUUCAGGAAGAACGACCGUGACAAGCAGAAAUUGAUCGAGACAGUGGUGAAGCAGCUGAGAAGUCUGGUGAAUGGAAUGUCCCAGCAUUCCUAGAGGCAUCCACAUGAACUCCAAACACUGGGCUGGGUUUGACAAUGUAACUUACAAACUAUGUUAUACUUCUAGCUUUGGCCCUUUUUUCAAAAUCCAAUAACUCACUGUAAGGUAACUACUCUCAAAAGUACUGUGGUAUAUUUUGACUGCAUCCUCCAUGUCUCCUGCCAAAAUAUUCACCACUGUAGGUUAAUAAUGUAAAUAUGGUGCAAAAAUGAAGAGAAAAAAAGUGAAGUUAUGCAGUAAUUUUUUGUAAUGUAUUUUUAAAGGUUGAGAAUUAUGUUUUGUACGUUGUGAAAGUGCAAUGACUCCUAACACUACACUUGAGAGAGCGGCGGUGUGUAUGUGACUGGUGAUGCUGAUGGUCAUAUUGCAACCUGUAUGAAAUUCUCCCAGGUGUAACAUGGAUGAAGUUUUUAUUGUAAAUAUUUUUAAAUAUAUUUAACACUGCUAUGGAAUCAUGCUUCCCAUUGGUCUGCCAAUGAAUAGACUGGCAGACCAAUGUUUAGCAUUUGCAUGAGAAUGCAUCGUUUUUUCUUUUACGUUGGCAGACUUUGUUCCAACUCGUGUGCACCAAACAGCACUUCUUUAUUGAAAAGAAUCUAAAAUUGUCAGCUGCAUUUCACUGAACGAUGAACAAAUGCACCACAGAAUUAUAUUACAUUUUUUAUUUUCUCAGGGUGAAAUGAAAGCUUUGGGUUCAGAUGCUUUAGAAUCUCAUUUUUAGGUGAAAGUAAAUAAGCAAUAAUUGGUCCAGCUACAGACAUGGAAAAAUUCCAGAUUAAUAUCUUUAUCCACAUGCUUUUAUUUUGUUUCUUAACAUUUAUUUUGAGCAGGCAUUUUGCACUGAAAAUUAUUUAAGUUUGCCUUUUAACAAGCAACUGUAUGCUUAUGUAUUUAAAGUACCACUGUAUAUACCAUACUAUUUUAUUAAAAUUGGGGAAAAAAUGGAAUGUAAAGUAUAAAACAUUUGUCAUCUGAGGCUGUUUCCAUAUUUCAGUUUUCUGUUGUCUUAUGGUUGUAACAACACUAAUAUUGGUUUCACUUUAAAAUAUCUCUCAUAAUUUAAAGACAUGGUUAACAAAUCAGUAGUUCCUUUACAUUCAGAUAUCACAAGUGUUUGACUGUACAUUAACUAAUGAUCUGUUAGGCAUUAUGGAAUUUGUUAAUAAUAAUGAAAGUUACUGUAAAGUGUCACCCAGAUAUUUAAAAUUUCAAUGAGGCAAACAGAAUCACAAUAUCCAAUAACUGGCAUUACCUGGAGUUACACAAACCCAAGUGACUUCAGUUGUUUUCAAGAUCCACCCAUUUUUAUGUGUGUGCUUUAAUAAAAUUUCAAAACAAAAAUACA